AUGGCCCACGCGGAUCACACCCGAGACCCUUGUCCAUGGGUAAUUCUCUCCGACUUCGGUAGCGCAUUCGCGAUGGGUGCUGUCGGUGGGACCAUUUGGCAUGGCAUAAAAGGUGCAAGAAACUCACCACGCGGUGAUCGUCUCGUUGGUGCCGUCUCUGUCAUCAAGGCUCGAGCUCCAGUGACAGGCGGGAACUUCGGUGUCUGGGGUGGCAUGUUCUCUACAUUCGACUGUGCAGUAAAAGGAUGGAGACAAAAGGAGGACAUGUGGAAUGCAAUCAUCUCAGGUUUCCUUACAGGUGGCUGUCUAGCAGCACGAAGUGGCCCUAGAUCUGCCCUCGGUUCCGCAAUUGCGUGCGGCGUCUUGCUCAGUGUCUUCGAGGGUGUUGGCGUCCUCAUGUCGCGAGUUUUCAAUGACAACACACGGCCGCAACUACCCCCAAUACCGGAAACGAUGCAGGCUCAACCUUCAUGA